GUAUCUGAUACUAUGAGAGAGUAUAUAAUUACCAAGAUUAGACAUUUUAAAAUUGUAAUCAAAAUAUAAUAAUAAAAAUAAAUGAUGCUUUGGUCCAAAAAUUCACAAUAGAUUACUAGAUAUAGUAUUUAGCUAUCAUAAAGUGGUGGGUUUUUUUAUGAAUAAUGUAUGAUUAUCACUAUGCUUGCAAUAAAUUAUAUAGUUUUGCAGGGCUACCCACUGACCCCACUACAAUUUUGAAAAUAUUUGGGAUGCAUUUAGCAUUUCAAAAUUUUAGGAUCUUGCUCCCAUUGAAAUAUUGUAAAAGAUUUAGGGGUAUUAUGUAUUUUAAAUCUAGGGCUUCUGCAAAUUUGGUAGACUUGCAGGUUGAGUGGGGUCCAUGUGUCGGCCUCUACGUAUUUGGGGACUAUAGAGCUAAAAUGAAACAUAAAAAAAUAAAAAAAACAGAUUUAUCUUUACUCCAACAAAAUUUGUCCCAAAAAAAAGUCUCCAACAAAAAUUUAAAGUGAUCCC